AUGCCAGUUUUCCUAACAUCAAUGUACUCGUUAUUGUUUAUUGUUUAAAGGUGUGUACUACCUUAUCUCAUCUAAUGUAUGCGUUUAAGGCAUACAUAGGGAAAACAUAUAUUAACAGAAGUUUACCAUAUUGCUGAAUUGAACUAUGGACGACAAGGUUGGAUUUGUGUUUAUAGGCAUUUUACACUUUGCUCUUCAAUGCGGGUGUUCAGAUGUCUUCUUGUCAGCUGACCGUCAAUUUGUCAUGGAAUAUUCGGCGCUGACUCUAACGUGUUCAACAUUGAAUGAUUGCCGUUAUGUUGAUUUCUUUAAAAAUCAUAAACUCGCAGGUAGAAUUGGAUAUAUUGAAAACAAGUGUUCUCAAAUCAUAUUCGAGCCCGUCUCCAGAUGUUCUUGUUUGAACUCCACAACCUAUACAUGUACCACUAACCCUCUAAACAGACUUAACUACAGUGAUAUUUGGAGUUGCGUAUCUUCAUCACAUCAAUCGGUAGGAACGAAAAGCAAAAAUGACAUAACCAUUGAUGUCAGAGUACCAAUCGCAAGUGUUUCCAUAAGUCCACAACAGAACAACUCGGUGACAAUAAACGAAGGUGAUGUACUUCAGUUAACAUGCGAGACAUCAAAUGGUUUACCAGCUGCAAAUAUCAGUUGGUACCUGGAAAAUAAGACGGAUAGAGUCAAUGUCGAUGAUCGUAUUUUAAAUGCUUCAAAACGAGAAGUUAAUGAAAAUGUUGAUCGAACUAAAUCCGUACAGAGCACUCUGACCCAUACUGUCACUAGGGAAGAAGACGGCAUGGAUGUGUAUUGCAAUGCAAGUAAUGUGGAAUAUAUCCGAGUAUCAAGCAAGGCGAUUCAUCUAAAUAUUCAAUAUCACCCAGGCACUCCUUCCUUGAGAUUUGUAACGACAAACGCGAAUAUUACAACAAGCCGCAUUUUGGUAAUACGGAAUGAAGAGGUUAGCAUUGCUUGUACCGCUGACGGAAACCCACCUCCAUCUUACACGUGGUCAACGGGCUAUGUGGGGCAAAUCAUCACUACAACAUUUGACAGUGAUACCAACCUUACGUGCGAAGUUUCAACUACAUUAUUCCCAAUUGGUGAUGAUAGUACAAAAGCUGCGGUUGAUUCAAUGGUUGCAGUAAAUGUAUUGUAUCCCCCAGAUAUUCUUGCUCUUUGGGUUAAUACGACGUGCAUGCAAAACUAUCCUAUAAAACAAAAAGUUCUUCGAGUACUAGAACAUGACCGACUUAGAGUGGAAUGUUUUGCUGCUGGAAAUCCGGAACCGACUUGCCAAUGGACUAAUCAUUCACAAUCGCGUACACUCGAUAUUUUAAAGGCCACCAAAGAAGAUGCAGGAGCCUACGUUUGCCAUGCUUUCAACACAAUGAAAACAUCAUACGGAAGUUUAGAGGUGGGACGAAAUGUUUCAUCGUUUCAUCUUGAUAUAUUGUAUCCACCAAACAUAACAAACCUCAACCGAUCUGUUGAGGUCCUUGAAGGUGUUAACUUUAAUUUGACUUGUGAAGCGGAGCCGGGAAAUUCAAAUGUUACAUCAUAUUAUUGGACAAGUACAUACCUGCCAGGAAUAAAUACAUCUGACCAAUACCUGAUCAUACAAAAUAUUUCUCGAACCAAUGAAGGCAUAUUUACAUGUUUCGCACAAAACAUAAUGCAACGGACUGGAUGUACGGAAAUUACCGGAAGUGAUGUGAAAAAUGUUACCAUCGAUGUCCAAUAUAAGGCUUCAAUUAUGACGUUUACUGUUAUGAAUACUACGAGAACUACAGUUCAACAUGGUGAUGAAGUAAACUUCUAUUGUGAGGUAGAUAGUGAUCCACCUGCUUUGAUCAGCAUAUUAUCAGCAAACGGAUCGAUUAUAAAACACAUCUAUGGGAAAAAUCAAUUAAAUUACACCAAGAACAGUUCAUGCUUAACAGACAUCGGUCCUUUUACGUGUGUCUCUGAAAACAAGCACAACCGUAAGCAACCUGACAGAAGAAACGUCACAGUAGAUGUGAAAUGCUCACCAUUAUAUCGACCGAAUUACUCCCCAAAACAAACUUUUAAAACUAGACCAGGAAAUAAGGUAGAACUUAUUUUCAGUGUAUUUUCAAACCCUCCUCCAACUUAUUUCAUGUGGACAAAGGUUUCAAACCAUAUGCAAAUUCCAAUAUUCUCAACAGCAUCUGGCAGAGUUAUUAUCAACUCUACAGAUAACAUGUCAACUGCGCUCAUUAUAACAAACGUAACAUCCUGGGACUACGGCAAUUAUUCUGUAAGGGUUGAGAACGAAAUUGGCUACAAGAUCGAAACGUUUUACAUUAUUGAAGACGUUCAAUCUACUAUUGCUGACACACCACAAAAUGAUAAGAGGAAUGGAAGUAAAUACAUAAUUGCAAUUGUCGGUAGUGUUUGCGGUAUAGCUGUUGUAGUUUCACUUCUCCGUUUAUGGUGGCUGAAACGUAGUAAAGGCACACCAAUUCAUGACACCAACACAUUACAACUGUUACGAGAUACCCGUCAUGACAGUGGAAGGAUGGAGACAAUUUUUGACAACGUUUUACCAAUUAAUGAUGAAACUCCAAAGUAUGAAGAAGAAAAAAACAUAUACGCAAAUAUACAGAUAAAUGAUGCUUUUGGGAAGUAUUCAACAAUUAAAACACUACGGGAUACUCUACGACAGCUAAAACUAGAUCCUUCACCUUUGUUUAAACAAUUUUAUACAUUGCAAAUGGGUCUUAAAUACGACACAAAAGACGCAUUAAAGCCAAACAAUGUUGCAAAAAACAGAUACAGAAGUGUCUACCCAUAUGAUGCUAGUAGAGUGGUCCUUCCCUUCUUAAGAGGGGAUCCAGACUCUGAUUUCAUAAACGCAAGUUAUAUCGAUGGAUACAGUAAACCAAGGAAAUAUAUAGCUGCCCAAGGACCUCUCGAAAAUACAAUCAGCGAUACCUGGAGAAUGAUUCAUUCAGAGGAUAUUAAAAUCAUUGUUAUGGUUACAAAUCUUCUUGAAACUGUCAAGAUAAAAUGUUCAAAAUACUGGCCAGAUGAGCGGGCUACAUACGGAAAGUGUAACGUCAAACUUGAUCAAGUUGAACAGUAUGCUGAUUUUGCUAUUAGACAUUUCACCUACAGCAUGGACGGAACAAGAUUCGAACGACAAUUGAUCCAGUUUCAUUACACAUCAUGGCCAGCGACGGCUUUGUCUUUAGUGCAGUUUUGGAGAAAAGUGAGACAGAGUGAAUUUGUGGAAAACACACCCUGGAUGGUGCAUUGCAGUGCCGGCGUAGGAAUGACAGGGACCUUCAUUGCCUUAGACUAUCUCUAUGACCAAGGAAAGGUUGAUGAGAAACUGAAUGUUCCAGAAACUGUGAAUGUUCUAAGAGAGCAACGAGUAUGCAUGGUUCAGACAAAGGAGCAGUAUCUCUACCUUCAUGAAGCUAUUUUGGAACUGCUAGACCCCGUUGGACUGAUUUUUACUCCGGAAAGUAGCAUGAGGUUUCAGUCAACUGUAACAGAAGACAGAAAACUUAUCAAAGAGUUCAAAGCAAUAACAGAUUCAAUCGUAAAUGUGACAACAGUGGAAAACGAUAACGAUUUUGACAGAAUGCCUGACGGUCAAUUACCGGAAAACAAGUGCAAAUCAAUCGAUAUGAACGUCAUACCAGAUGACUUGUUUAGACCUCUCAUUUCGUCUGGAAAUGAUUUCAUAAAUGCUGUGUAUAUUCCGACGUACAGAGAGAGUGAAAAAUACAUUGUGACGCAAUUUCCAUUGCAAAAUACAACUGUUGAUUUUGUUCGACUUUUGUGGGACCACAACAUUCGAGAUGUCGUUUUACUGGACCAAGAUGACGAAAAGCGGCAUUGCUAUUGGCCCGGAAACAAGAGUGUACUUUGUUUUGGACCAUUUGUCAUCAGUCCUUUAUCCGUGGAUAAGGCGAAUAACUGCAUUUCGCGAAGGAUAAAUAUAUCAUUAGCCGAAAAGCAUCAAAGCAAACAGACGGUGGUACAUCAGUUCACAGCCUGGCCUGGAAAUGUAAAUCUCUGUGAACGGACGACCUUGACCGAAUUCCUCCAGACGGUCAGCAUGAUUGCAGGACCUGUCGUUGUUCAAUGCCACGAUGGGUACUCACGCAGUGGACUAUUUGCGGCACUUCUUUGCAUUGUUGACCGAAUUAAGACCGACAAGGAAGUUGCAAUAGCAGAAACGGUCAGGUUGGUGAAAUACCGGCGCCAGGCAGCUGUAGCUGAUGUGGAGCAGUACCAGUUUUGCCGUGAAGUAGUUUUUGAAUACCUUAAGAACAGAGGAGGGAAAUUGGAAGAUAGUGAAAAUCAGGAAUACGUUAAUAUGACGUUUCCCAAGUUCCUAUAAAUCAGGUUAAACCUGAUUUCGAAAACGUUGCUCUCCAUGUACGUUAGUCGUUUGACAAAGUGCCUCACGCAUAUAUAACUCUAAAGGAUAACCGGAAGUAAUUACUAUUCAUAGUAUGUGGAGGUCAAAAAUCAUGCAAUGAUUGAGUGAGGACAAAUUUAAGAUACACAUGUUCAUGUUAUGUACACAAGGCCUCGAAAUACGUGUUAUCUAUCUAAUAUCUAUGCAAGAUGUCAUUAUAGGUUUUGCCGUUCAAGGUCAUUUUGACUUCCUUGUAGGCAAAGUAUCGCAUGUUAUUAAUAUUGAGUGACAAAUGACAGUUAAGAUAAUUACUCGAAGUGCUUUUUUUCGCUUUUAAAGUAAACCAGGACAAUAACAUUUAACAAACUUGCAACCAAUUUGAAUGUGUUGUCCUUGAAAUUUGAGUGUAUAAAUGUGUCUAAUGUUUUGUUUUGUUGAACUUAUUUGAUCUAUUUGUUUAUUGUAGCCAUAAGGAACAUUUGCUGUAUCCAUACUUAGAGAAAGAAAUGUAUCUGUUUAAACAGUCGAUUCAACUCUGAAUAUAUAUUUUGAUAAGCUGUCAAUCGACUUAUUUUGCUGCAUUUUUGUGCAGUAAUAAACAUGAAUUAUUUUGAAGGUCCUCAGACAGCUUCAUUUGACUUUUGGCAGGAACAUUGUCUCAUUUACCUAAAUAAUUGGCUCAAUGACAUAUUUUGUUAAAUAUAUCAAUCAUUUGGUCAUCAUAAGGAGGAAUAGGAAUAAUAACACACGUUGGACAUAUACUGAAAUGCCUUUUUAGCGAAGGCCGAAAAUUCAGACACAUUUAAUCUCAAAUAACAUAAGAUUAAAUGCUAUUUAUAUGUUUUACACAUAUGUUUAUAAUUAUUUGUUUCGGUCAUGCUUUCAUAUUGUGUGUGUAUGCAGUUUAUAAGUGUUUUAUUAUUAUAAACUGAAAUAAGCUAUUUGCAUACGUGUCAUUGGCUAUCAUACCUUGCAUACAUCUUGUUUUAUAACUUAACUAAAACCAUGUGUUUAAACUAAUAUUUUGUAAUUGAUUUAAACUAUUUUGUGAUCAUACAAACAACCAAUGCCUUUAGACGGAUUUUUUUUACGACUUUUGGUAGGAAACAAAGUCAAUUGAAUUUCAUCUUGAUCAAUCUGAUUUUAUCUUCCUGCUGUCUGAAUGGGAUUUAUUGUUUGAGAAUAAUGGUUUUUCAAUGGUCUUCACUUGUUAUGUUUCCUGUACUACUGAAUUAACUCUUUUUUGUAUCAACUAUAUGAUACACUUUCCCUUUGUAUAUUGAUUUGUAAAUAAGUAUUAAUUCAUGUAAUCUGAAUAAACGUAACUUCCUCGUUGUUAUUGCGUCUUUCCUGUGAGACACUUGUAUAUUUAAUGAUAAUUAAGGGACAAAAAAAUGAUUAUAUCACUGUAUGUGUGCACUGUUAGGUUUGUUUAUCUUUGGUCUUUACGACUGCUAAUACAUUCAAAAUGUUGUUUUUUUCUCACGUGCAAAGUUUCAACUAUAAGUACGAAGAAAUGCGGAUGCAACAGUGUUGUUUCAUGUGUUAA